AUGAGAGAUGAAAUUGCAGCUGCAGUUUUUUUUGUCACGAGAUUGGUGAAAAAACAUGAAAAACUGAGUAAAGAGCAGAUAGAAGACUUUGCAUUAAAGCUGAUGACUAUCUUGUUUGAAACGUACCGAGGUCACUGGCACCCUGGGUGCCCUUCCAAAGGGCAAGCUUUCAGGUGUAUCAGGAUAAACAAUAAUCAGAAUAAAGACCCCAUUUUAGAAAGGGCUUGUGCUGAGAGUAAUGUGAAUUUUUCUCAGCUGGGACUUCCAAGGGAGUUGACGAUAUGGGUAGAUCCCUUUGAGGUGUGCUGUAGAUAUGGCGAGAAAAAACAUCCAUUUACAAUUGCUUCUUUUAAAGGCAGAUGGGAGGAAUGGGAACUAGCUCAGAAAAUUAGUUAUGCAGUGAACAGAGCCACAUCAGAUCACUCCUCAGGCACGUCUUCUGAUGAGGAAAGCAACAGCAGGGAGCCUCGCACCAUUCCUAAAGUCAGCAAUCCAAAGAGCAUCUACCAGGUUGAAAACUUCAAACAACCCUUCCAACCUUGGUUUUACCUCCCCUGCAGAAAGCAUGUGGCAGAUGGCCGUAUGGGCCUCCUGGGGACUGCUUGCCACCCAGUGCCUAGGAACCCUAAAUGCUGCAAACCCACUACUGGGCGCCGGGUGGACAGGUACCACUGGGUCAACACAAAUGAUAGGAUGGUGGCGAGGCAUGCUGUGGUGGAGCUCAGAGGAGAGGCUUUGUUUUCGCUAAAGCAAAAAUGA